AUGGUUUUAGUUCAAGAUUUGCUUAACCCUGAUCCAUCCACCGAGGCCCAGAAACACAAAUUAAAGACAUUGGUGCAAAGUCCAAGAUCUUAUUUCAUGGACGUUAAGUGUCCGGGAUGUCUCAAGAUUACUACUGUCUUUUCUCACGCCCAGACCCCAGUUACAUGUGAUUCAUGCUCCACAGUCCUAUGCACACCAACUGGUGGUAAGUGCAGAUUGACUGAGGGAUGUGCUUUCAGAAGAAACUUUAUUGAGAUGAAUUUUGACUUGGUGCAGGUUAACAACAAUACAGAACUAGUUGAGCCUAAAAGAAAUAUCCCGAAAGUUCUUACCAUCGCUGGAUCCGACCCCAGUGGCGGUGCUGGUAUAGAAGCGGAUAUAAAAUCUAUAACAGUAAUGGGUUGUUACGGUUUGACUUGCAUUGAUGGUAUUACGAUUCAAAAUACUAUGGGUGUUUAUGGGAAAAAGGUGACUGAGUUGGAAGGCCUUACCAAGAUUCUUUACUCUAAUUUUAAUAAUGGUAGCCCAAUCGAUGCUAUUAAAAUAGGGAUGAUGACAGAGGGGAUUGUCCAGUGGUUUAAAUCUUGCUAUUCGCAUGGUAUGGUGAAGUUUUUAGUUGUGGAUCCUAUAAUUAGUUCUAGCUCCGGCUAUAAUUUGGCAAAAAUGAUGUUAAUCAAAAGUGCUAUUGAUAAUGUAUACUUACAUGCCACACUUUUGACGCCGAACUUUGAAGAAGCAUUGAAAAUCAUUGAAAUUUUGGGGCAUGAGAGGUCCAAAUACACCUCGAGGAAUUGUUUAGAGUCCUUCUACAUGUUAGCAAAAGAUAUAGCAUGUUUUACGAAGUGCCAUGCAGUAUUAUUAAAGGGGGGUCAUAUGCCACUAUCCAAAGUGAAUGACACAGAACUCGUUGACGUCCUCUAUGACCCAGAUAAUAUUGAUAAAUUUACAAUUUUCAAGCAUGGUCGUAUAGUUGGAGCGAAGAAUACCCAUGGUACUGGAUGUACUUUGUCUAGCGCCAUUGCAAGUUGCUUGGCCCUAGGGAAUUCCCUCCAAGAUGCAGUUCAGAUUGGUACAAGUUAUGUUCACAACGCAAUGAAGUUUGCAGACAGUGGUUUAGGUAAGGGUAAAGGACCUUUAAAUCACAUUUAUUAUAUGUAA